UUUGCUUCGUGACGUCCAUGGCAUAAAACGUCCAUGCUUAUUACAGUCCGAAAUAUACCAGAAACUUUGAAUUUCUGUCUUUGAAAUAAAAUAAAAAUCGUUAUUACUGAAUCAAGCGUUACAUAUAACAGUUUAUCGUAAGUGUUAGCUAUAUUUCGUUAAGAAUGGCCGGAAAUGUCUAGUUUAAUUUGAGCUAAUUUACAUUGAACGUGAAUGGAGUUGGAGAACGGAGCAGCCACGGACCCACAGUGAACACACUUCAUUCUUGGCAUUUCUGAUAAAACUAAACUAGUGAGUUCGGCUUCAUCCUGCAGCAUGCUGCGAGAGUCGUAUCCCUUCGCGGAGGACAGUUUCAGCCGCUUCCCGUCGCAGAGCAACAUUUACGGACUGUGUCAGGCCGGGGAGCAGGAGCUGCUGGCGGCCACCCUCAAAGGGAAGGUGCUGUGUUUCAGAUACCAGGAGCUGCAGCACAAAAUCCGGCCGGUGGCCAAGGAGGUUCAGUUCACCUACAUCCCUGUCGAUGCAGAGAUUGUCUCAAUUGAUGCCUUCAACAAGUCUCCGCCCAAAAGAGGCCUGGUGGUGGGCAUCACAUUUGUAAAGGACUCUGGUGACAAAGCCACGCCAUUCCUGAACAUCUACUGUGACUACGAGCCGGGCUCCGAGUUCAACCUCGAGUCUAUUGCACAGAGCUGCCUGAAUCUGGAGCUGCAGUUCACGCCCUUUCACCUGUACCACACAGAAGUGCAGUGUGACGAUGGAGGCAGAGAGACGGUGUUCCUGCUCAGUGGACAUGACCAGAGGAUCCACCUGUACAAGGAGAACGCCUCCCUCCACCAGUUUGAAGAGCAGCCAGUGGAGAGACUCUUCCCUGAACUACAACAGCUGCCCAGCAAUGUGCUUUGGCUGGAUAUGUUGAGUAUAGCUGGUGGCCGGCGGCUCUCAGCGUUUGGCUGUCAGAAUGGCUGCGUUGGACUGGCUCUGGUCAACCAGACAGGCCCAGAGGUUUUGCAGAGCUGGCGGUUCCAGUUCGACAGUCCAAUCUCUUCAGUGCUGCUGUUCCCUCUGAGCUGCCAGACUGAGCCCAACCAGCCCGGCGGAGAGCAAAGUGUGGAAAUGGAAAGCUACAACCUCCUAGUAACCAGUAGUAUAGAGAUGUCAGUCGUCUACAGAGAUGUCCAGGAGCGAGGUUUGUCUCGUUCGGUGUGCCUCUCAGAGAGUGACCAGUGGGACGCUGUGCUUUGUGCUCUGGUCAUUGACCUGGAUUUUGACGGGCAGAAGGAGGUGCUGUUGGGAACAUACGGGCAGGAACUUCUUUGUUACAAAUUCCAGCCGGCAGGGAGAGGACGAGACGAACAGUUUCAGCUGCAGUGGAGGCGGAGCUUCAAGAGUCCUUUGCUGUCCAUCAUCUACUUAGACUUGACUGGGGAUGGUUUGAGAGAGCUGGCCGUCCUCACACUGAAGGGACUGCAUAUCUUACAGCAUUCUCUCACCAGCACUGCUGAUUUGGUCCUGGAGCGGCUUGCCCUCAGGGUGUCAGCCCUCUCAGCUGGCUCCGAACUGGAGUCAGCCAAAGCACAAGACACUGAGGAGAAGGAUGCUCCGGCUAAGACAGAGGAGAGUACAGCUCCAACACCACCGACAUAAGAGAAACUGUGCAUUGUGUUUCCAUGUGGAAGUCCUGACGGUUCGGACUCAGGGUUUCGCCCAGAAAAGUUGUUAAGCCUUAGGCAAGUGUCUUUUUGAUUUUUUUUUUUUUUUACAAGGGCCCGGCUGGGGCCAGUCACAGGCUGAUGGCAGCAUUAAUGUAGAGCCCAAUAGUUUGUGUGAUAACCGAAUCGUGGACAGAAUCGCGAAAAUUGACAAUUUAAAAAAGCUAUAAGACAGAUUCCACAGGGCCCUACAUUAAGUCAGUGCUAAAAGCUAACUGGAGAUUUGAAAAUAUGACUGUCUAAGUUUCCAACCGUUUUAAAAACGUCUUAAAAUAUAUUAAAAAAUACUUCCCAGUGGCUUAGGCCUGGUGGGGAGAAACUUAGGCCCACCAGGCUUACAAUACACUGGGGGAAACCCUGAGACUGAAGUGUUUGCCUUAUUUACAUGUGGGAUGUGAAGGAUUUUCUCAGGGGUGUGUAUUCCUGAACAGUUACAUUUUAGUUGUGACGCUAGUUACAAAAUCCAACAUCACAUUAGCCACCAAAAACAGUACCACUCUGCUUUGUGGUGGAAUACUGAACGUAGGUGGCUGUAAAAGGAACCGUGUGAAGAGCUGACAUUAAGCUGGGAGCUGAUGUGCUGUAAAUUUGCAGAUAAUAAAUCACAUCUGGGUCUAUACAC